AUGGAUCCCAUCUCCUUCAAUGAGACAUUCGUCAAGGAUAUCUUUGAUGAAAUUGGUGGCAUUAACGGUAAACGUAAAGGUUUUGAUCUUGAUCGUGAAAUUGCAACUGCAACUAAUGAUGGUACAACACAAGAUAAAUGCAAUUACUCAGCUAGGGAUGAGGAUGGGUGCAUUCGUCAAAAUGAAACAAUACCUGAGCGUAGUGACUCGAUUACGGGCAGAGUUUCUGCAGAGUUUGACGAUGAUGAUGUUGCGUCCUUGAGUAAUGAAUCUGAAGAUUAUCGAUAUCAAGACAUGGGGGAAACGUCUGAUGGGUCGAAAUAUUGGUUUCCUAGUGUAGACGUAAAAUACAAACCUAAGGUUGGUGAUUCUUUUGAGUCUGUAGAAUCGGCUGAGAAAAUGUAUCGGAAAUAUGCCAAUGAAGCUGGGUUUGAUAUACGUUUAUCUAACAAGAAGAUAAAUAAGCUUGGUCGUAUCACGUCUCGAUUUUAUGUGUGUAGUAAGGAAGGGAGGCCACAAAGUAAGUAUUUUGAUUCCUUAGAUGUUCUUCCAAGUGGUCGUACAUUCCGAAAUUCAAAUAUCAAGCGUUCCGGUUGUGGAGCAUGUUUAAAAAUUCACUUUGUUAAAGAACCGAAUCAAUACGAAGUUUACAAGUUUGUUGAGCAGCACAAUCACAUCCUUUUUAAUAAAGAGGAGAUGAGGUUUUCACGUUUUAAAAGGAAACUCCACUACGCUGAUCAUAAGAAUGUAUUUCAUGGUUCUAGCUCCAAGGUUGGCGUCACCAAAUCUCAUAGAUUCAUGAAUGCCGUUAAGGGUGGUGUAGAUUCAUCGGGUGGCACUGUAAGAGAUCAUCAAAACUUCAAACGCGAUAUGGCAUAUUUUGUUGGCAAUACAGACGCACAAAUGUUAUUAAAUGUGAUGGCUAAUAGGAGGAAGGAGUUGUUAGCAAUUUUUUGGGCUGAUGAGACUGCACGAUCACAUUAUAGGGAAUUUGGCGAUGCAAUCUCAUUUGAUGCAACGUUUCGGACCAACAAGCAUGUUAUGAUAUUUGUUCUGUUUGUUGCAAUUGACAAUCAUAAGAAAUCCGUUGUUGUUCGAGCUGCAUUGAUUCAUAAUGAAUCUGUAGUUGAUUACACUUGGGUAUUAAAAGCGUUUGUAAAAGCACAUGGACGUCAACCAUGUUUCGUUAUCACCGACCAAUGUGCGUUGAUGAAACAAGCAAUUCCCAUUGCAUUUCCUGAAUCCAGGCAUAGAUUGUGUAUGUGGCAUAUCACUAAAAAGGUGAAAUCAAAGUUCGUUAGCGAAUUUAAUAAGUUGGUGUGGAACGUUCACCUUGGUCCUAAUGAAUUUGAGAUGCAAUGGAACAAUCUGAUCGAAUUUUAUGGAUUACGUGGAGAUCCAUGGUUGGAUGAAUUGUACGAUAUUAGGGAGUCGUGGAUUCCGGCUUACUAUAAGGAUUAUCAUAUGUCAGGCCUAAUGAAAACAGCAUCCAGGUCGGAGAGUAUCAAUGCGUUUUUUAACGUUUAUGCACAUUUUUGGCAUGAUCUUGUUGUUUUCCUACGUUCUUUUGAUAAUGCAAUUGAAAGUCAACGGGCAACACAUGGGUCGCUAGAGGUGACAAUCAAGAGCACGAUUCCUCGAUUGGUGUCCCCUUGCAAGUUAGAAGCACAUGCAGCAGAGGCGUAUACACGGACGAUAUUUUUCGAAGUUCAGAAAGAGUUAAGAAAGGCUGUUUGGCUUUGUCGAAUCCGAAAUGAAAAAGACAUUUUGUCAAGAUUUGUUGACCAACUCGAACAAUGGGAUUCAAAGGUUGACAGUGAACUUCAUUUACAGUCACACACUGAAGAGACCACAACGUCUAUUAAAGAGUUUCUUGGAGUAUCUCAACCCGAAACUGUUGAUGUUCUUCCUCCCACCGGUAUUCGAAACAAAGGUUGUGGAACUGGUAAGAGACUUAUUAACGCUGCAGAGAAAGCAAUUUCAAACGGAAAAAGCAGAAGAGAAAGUGUCGCCUAUGUCGUCAAAUGGCUACACAUGAUUCCCGAAAUUGUCUGA